AUGACCUUUGAGGAUGUGGCUGUGAACUUCACCCAGGAGAAAUGGGCUUUUUUGGAUCUUUCCCAAAAGAACAUUUACAGAGAUGUGAUGCUGGAAGUCCUCAGAAACCUGGCUUUUAUAGGAAACAAAUGGGAUGAAGAGAACAUUGAAGAUGAGAUUGAAAGUUCUGAGAGCAUUCUAAGGCACAUCACAUCUUACUCUGGACAAAAAUGCUACAAGCAUGAGAAAUGUGAAGAGAAGCCAUGUGAAUUUAAACAGUACAGGCAAUCCCUGGAUUCUCUCAAAAGUGUUCACACACAAAUGUUAACACAAACUGUAGAUGGACCAUAUGAAAGUACAGACAAACUUCAUACUGGAGGAAAACCCUAUGAAUGUAAACAGUGUGGCAAUGCAUUUGCUAGUUCCACUACCCUUCACAAAUAUGGAAGAGUACAUAUUGGGGAGAAGCCCUAUGAAUGUAAGCAGUGUGGCAAAGCCUUUGCUACACCCAGUCUCCUUUACUUACAUGAAAAAACUUAUACUGGAGAAAAGCCCUAUGAAUGUAAGCAGUGCAGCAAAGCCUUUGCUAGAUCCAGUGACCUUCAGAUUCAUGGAAGAACACAUACUGGAGAGAAGCCCUAUGAGUAUAAGCAAUGUGGCAAAGCCUUUGCUACAUCCACUAACCUUCGGAUUCAUGGAAGAAUGCAUACUGGAGAGAAACCCUAUGAGUGUAAGCAGUGUGAAAAGCCUUCACUAGGUCCUCAGGCCUUCAGACACAUGAAAAAAAUUUAUACUGGAGAAAAACCCCAUGAAUGUAAGCAAUGUGGCAACGCCUUUGCUACAUCCAGUUCCCUUCAGAUUCAUGGAAGAGCACAUACUGGAGAGAAGCCUUAUGAAUGUAAGCAGUGUGGAAAGCUUUUGCUACUUCCAGUCACCUUCACAUUCAUGGAAGAAUGCAUACUGGAGAGAAGCCCUAUGAAUGUAAGCAGUGUGACAAAGCCUUUGCUAGAUCCAAUGACCUUCAGAUUCAUGGAAAAAUCCAUACUGGAGAGAAGUCCUAUGAGUGUAAGCAGUGUGGAAAAGCAUUCACUCAGCCCUCUAGCCUUCACUCACAUGAAAAAAUUCAUACUGGAUAGAAGCCCUAUAAGUGGAAGCUUUGUGGCAAAGCCCGUCCUAGUUCCGGUGACCUUCAAAGACAUGGAAGAACACAUACCAGAGAGAAGCUCUAUGAUUGACUGGGAAGAUUCUUCUUGA